AUGAUUAAUUCAUACGAACAUUUGCUUCCCCCAAGCUGGAAAACCCAAGUGGCCGCUUGGUUAGCAGAAGAUACACCAUCAUUUGACUAUGGAGGGUAUGUAGUCGGAGAAGUCCUUCGCGAAGCGUUCUUGUUCGGAAAGGGCUCCCAACCUGCUGUCCUGGCAGGAUCGCCUUUUGUAACAGAGAUCUUUGCUCAGCUUGGAUGCGAGGUGGAAUGGCAUGUCAAGGAGGGCGACACUUUCGAACCCGUAAAGCACAUCGCCACGGUCAGGGGCAAGGCCCGAUUUUUAUUGCUAGGAGAGCGGAUAGCCCUCAACCUUCUUGCCCGGUGUAGUGGUAUAGCAACUAAGUCGAAGAGAAUCAAAGAUCUAGCCAGAGGAUACGGUUUCAUGGGAACAAUUGCUGGGACGCGGAAAACUACGCCCGGCUUUAGGCUCGUUGAAAAAUACGGAAUGCUUGUAGGUGGGAUUGAUUCCCAUCGCCACGAUCUUUCCAGCAUGAUUAUGCUGAAAGAUAAUCAUAUUUGGUCGUCGGGUGAAUUUCUGUUCAGUAACAAUCAAAACGCAAAACGCGUGCUUAUCAGUGUUCUAGGCUCGAUCACAGCUGCUAUUCAACAAGCACGAAAAGUCGGCGGAUUCAGUCUCCUACUAGAUGUCGAAGUGCAGUCGGAGGCUGAGGCGGAUGAAGCCAUCGACGCUGGAGCGGAUGUUAUUAUGCUUGACAAUAUUGAAGGCAGUGAGUUGGCAAGUGUUGCAAGGAGCUUGAAGACGAAAUGGAAGGGGCAGCGGAAGUUCCUUUUCGAAACAAGUGGGAACAUCACAGAGGCCAAUCUACAGGAAAGAGCCAUCAAUGAUAUCGAUAUUCUGAGCACAAGUGUGGUGCACCAAUCUGUCCAGCAUAUAGAUUUCAGCCUUAAAAUUCAGAAACCCAAAGCAUAG